AUGGCUUCCGCUGCUCGAACUGCCCGCGCUCUGUUGCGCUCAACUCCUGCCACCUCCUCGGUCCGCCCUGCUGCGCGCUCGGCUCGUUUCGCCCUCCCCGCUCAAGUUCGCGCCUCGACUCGCCGUGGAUAUGCCUCCGAGGCAGGCGCCGGUAAAUCAUCGUCAUUCGGUAUCUGGGGAAUCGGUCUGUCUGUCGCUGCCGGUGCUGGUGCCUACUUCUACCUGAACGGAGAAGCCACCCCUAAGGGUCCUUUCGUUCCCACCCAAGCCGACUAUCAGAAGGUGUACGAUGCGAUUGCACUUCGCCUGGCCAACGAGACCGAUUAUGAUGAUGGCAGCUAUGGCCCGGUUCUCGUCCGUCUCGCUUGGCACGCCAGUGGCACCUACGAUAAGGCUACUGGUACCGGUGGCAGCAACGGUGCCACUAUGAGAUUCGCCCCGGAGUCAGACCAUGGUGCCAAUGCCGGUCUCAAGCACGCCCGCGAUUUCCUCGAGCCUAUCAAGGCGCAGUUCCCCUGGAUCACCUACUCCGACCUCUGGACCCUGGCUGGCUCCGCCGCCAUCCAGGAACUUGGUGGCCCUACUAUCCCCUGGAGACCUGGCCGUGAGGAUCGUGAUGUCGCCGCCUGCUCACCCGACGGCCGUCUCCCCGAUGCCUCUAAGGACCACCGCCACAUCCGUGAUGUGUUCUCCCGUAUGGGCUUCGAUGACCGUGAGAUGGUCGCCCUGUGCGGUGCCCACUCCCUUGGACGUGCGCACACUGACCGUUCUGGCUUCGAUGGUCCCUGGGACUUCAGCCCGACUGUGUUCACCAACGAGUUCUUCCGUCUGCUCGUCGAGGAGAAGUGGAACCAGCGCAAGUGGAAUGGCCCUGCUCAGUUCACUGAUAAGGGUACUUCCACUCUGAUGAUGCUGCCUACUGAUCUUGCUCUGGUUAAGGAUAAGGCUUUCAAGCAGCACGUUGAGCGCUACGCCAAGGACAGUGAUGUCUUCUUCAAGGAGUUCGCUGAGGUUUACGUGAAGCUCCUUGAGUUGGGCGUUCCCUUCCAGAGCAAGCCUGAGGACCGCUUUGUCUUCAAGGCCUCCGAGUAA